CCUCUCCCUUCUACUAACAAAUCCUUCUCAAGGAAAACAUUUCUCUUCUUUCAAAUCACACAUAUUCUAUGUAUCUUAUGCUAACACACCACCCUUAGAGAUGAAAAAAGAGAGAAAAUGCAUGACCAGAAAAAAAAAAUGAAAGGAAAAGAAACACAGGGACAUCUGUUAAACUUUCACUAUAUACGCUUCUUUUGAUGCUGGAUUCUUGCAUUACUGGCUUCUAACUAGUCCAUUAGCUGUUGCAGGUUGUCUUUGCUUCAAAUUUUGCUUCAAACCCCUAUAGUAUCCGCUGGGUUCAGUGCAGACCCCUUCUUCCUGGGGUCAAACUUCACGAAGAGUAACGAUCAUCCCCAAGUCGACACAUCAUAAGACUUGCAAUCUCCGUCAAACUUUGCUGAAGAAGGAGGUAGAAAUGAAGAAAAUUCUUCGAAAUAGAUAAGUCCUGUUCUGAUUUGCAAUCUCCAAGGUAGUCAAGUGUAUGGUCAGUAGUAUAUAUUACAUACAGAGAGCGAUUAGAAAUCCUAUACAUAACAUUAUCUUUAGAGCUUAAGAAUAGAAUUGAGGAUGGAAGUUGUCUGGGUAUACACAGUAAUUUCAUCUUUUCUCAUUUUUCUUAGUUUAAGCUUUCUUUCAAAGCGGUUCCGAAACCUCCCACCAAGCCCAGUACCAGCUCUUCCAAUAAUAGGCCAUCUCCGCCUCCUGAAACCGCCUCUCCAUAGAACCUUCUACAGCCUCUCCCAGAAAUAUGGCCCCGUAAUUUCCCUCCAGUUCGGGAGCCGCCUAGUAGUGGUGGUAUCAUCUCCUUCGGCAGUGGAGGAAUGCUUCACCAAGAACGAUGUGAUCCUCGCCAACCGGCCUCGCUUUGUCAUAGGAAAAUAUUUUGGUUACAACCACACCAACAUGGUCGGUUCCCCGUAUGGUGACCAUUGGCGGAAUCUUCGCCGUCUGGGUUCGGUGGAAAUAUUUUCGGCCAGUCGUUUGAAUAUGUUCUUGUCCGUCAGGAAAGAUGAGAUCAGACGGUUGCUUCUGAAACUGGCUCAAAACACCCGCCAUGAUUUUGCUAAGGUCGAAAUGCAAUCCAGAUUAUCUGAGCUUUCUUUGAACAUUAUUAUGAGGAUGGUGGCCGGAAAGAGAUAUUUCGGCGAGGAAGACGACAACGACGAAGCAAGGCAGUUUCGUGGGCUCAUUAAACAGGUGUUUAAACAUAGUGGUUUAGCAAACCCGGGAGAUUUCCUACCGCUGUUAAGGUGGAUCGAUUAUGGAAGCUUUGAGAAGAGCUUGACGAAGCUUUUCACCAAAUUCGACGCGUUCUUGGAAGGCCUACUUGAAGAGCAUCGCCGUAACAAGAAUAGUAAUACAAUGAUUGAUCAUCUGCUUUCUUUGCAGGAAUCGCAGCCAGAAUACUACACAGACCAAAUCAUCAAAGGGAUUAUAGUGGUCAUGCUGACGGCUGGAACAGACACUUCAGCAGUGACUUUAGAAUGGGCCUUGUCUCUCCUGCUCAACCAUCCCGAGGUGCUAGAGAAAGCUCGAGCUGAAUUGGAUGCUCAAGUAGGGACUGAUCGAUUGGUCGAGGAACAUGAUCUAUCCAAUCUUCCCUAUCUUCACAACAUCAUUUCAGAAACACUUCGAUUGUACCCAGCAGCGCCACUGUUAGUGCCACACGAGUCGUCUGAUGACUGUAAAAUUGGAGGAUACAAUAUUCCGCGAGGCACAAUCUUGCUAGUUAGUGCAUGGGCUGUUCACAGGGACCCAAACGUUUGGGAUGAUCCGACAAGCUUCAAGCCCGAGAGAUUUGAAGGCUUGCAAGUUGAGCCAUCGAAGCUGAUUCCAUUUGGGAUGGGAAGGAGAUCUUGUCCUGGUUCUGGCCUAGCACAGCGGGUUGUUGGUUUGGCCUUGGGAUCUCUAAUUCAGUGUUUUGAUUGGCAAAGAAUUGGUGAGGAGGAGAUUGAUAUGGCUGAAGGGACGGGAGUGUCCAUGCCAAAAGCCAAGCCACUAGAAGCCUUAUGCAAAGCACGUCACGUGGUUAACAGGAUUGUUUAAUCAACGAUUACUUUCUGUUGUUUGAUAGUAGUUUAUGCAUGUUUUCUGUAAGUAAAUAAAUGUGUAUUGUUGAAUUCAGGAAUAAAAGUUAACUUGUCUGAGAAGGUUACUCAGAAGUUUUGACAUAAA